AUGUUUGGAGCUUUGGCAUCAGCACGUCCAGUAGUGUAAAUAAUUUAUAUGAUAUCAAGAUUUUUUGGCAUUUCACUUGAUUGUAUAAUAGUUGAUGGGUUUUGUAGAUGGACAUUGUGGACACUCGAUAAUUUCCAUCUGCAAAACCCAUCAAACAAUUUAACAGCCCAGCGACAAUAAGUACGCACUAGUGAGGCCACAAGACAACAAUUAACAUAUUGAUGAUCGAAUAAACCUUACAAAUUUAUCAGUAAAACUAAAUUCCAAAGUAUCGACGAGAAAUGAAGAAGUGAUCUACAUGUGCACAGAAGGAGCCUGGGAGCAUGGCGAUGGUGUGCCUUGGAGCAUGGUGAUGGUGUGGGAGCCUUGGAACAUCAUGAUAGUGAUGAUCUGGGAGCCUUGAAACAUGAUGAUGGUGAUGAUGUGGGAGCCUUGGAGCAUGAUGAUGGUGUGGGAGCCUUGGAACAUCAUGAUGGUGAUGAUCUGGGAGCCUUGAAACAUGAUGAUGGUGAUGAUGUGGGAGCCUUGGAGCAUGAUGAUGGUGUGAGAGCCUUGGAGCAUGAUGAUGGUAAUAGUGUGGGAGCCUUGGAGCAUGAUGAUGGUGUGGGAGCCUUGGAGCAUGGUGAUGAUGUGGGAGGCUUGGAGCAUGAUGAUGGUGAUGAUGUGGGAGCCUUGGAGCAUGAUGAUGGUGUGGGAGCCUUGAAAUAUGGUGAUGGCGUGGGAGCCUUGGAGCAUGGUGAUGAUGUGGGAGCCUUGGAGCAUGGUGAGAGUGUGAAAGCUUUGAGAGCAUAG